GCCUUCUGCUCCCGACUACUGACUCCCUGUUUCAAACUGAUUUGUCUCAACGGAAUUCCCCAGUGACGACCUCUCUUACGUCACUCCAAAGCCCCCAAACUCUUCUCAUUUCCCACCACCCCCCAGGCUUUUUCUUCCUCACUUCCAAUUUCCUCUCCCUUAAAUUAACCAUUCACUCCCCCACCACCCCCAAAUAUCAAUCCCAACUCCAAUUUCAUUUCAGAUUUCUCUUCAUUCACGAACGGACACACGGACAUGGGUGGAUGUGUAUCUUCUGUUGGAUCUUAUUCUAAUUCUACCUCCACCGCUACUGCUAAACUCAUUUCACUUCAUGGAGAGCUACGUGAAUAUUCCGCUCCCGUUACCGUCUCCCAAGUUCUUCACUUUGAGUCGUCUUCUUCUUCCUGCUUUGUCUGCAACUCCGACAGCUUGUACUACGACGACUACAUCCCAGCCAUGAAUGCCGACGAUGAACUUCUGCCUGGUCAGAUCUACUUCCUACUCUCCGCCACCAAGCUUCAGUACCGCCUCACUGCCUCCGAGAUGGCCGCCUUGGCCGUCAAGGCCAGCAUUGCCCUCCAAAAUCACUCCAAAAAGGCUGGGCAUCGCCGCAAUAACAAGUCCCGGAUUUCUCCAGUUCUGGAAGUGAACCAAAAAGUAAUGGAGGCGGAGGUUGGGGGAGUGAAAAAGAGUUUUGAGAAGCCUGCUCUUGGCGUUUCCAGGCAUGGGUCUUUGAGAAAACUGCAGAGACACUCAUCCCGACGAGCUCGCAUGGCGGUUCGCUCCUUCAGACUCAGGUUAACCACCAUUUACGAAGGCUCCGUCCUCUAGAUUACACUCCAUAAUCCGCUCCCCUCCAAACUCCAAACAUGGUGGAUCAAUUUUUAAUUUUUAUCAUUAUUUUGUUUUAUUUCUUCCUUUAUGUAUAUUGCUGGAUAUUAGUAUUACUGAUUUGAGAUGGGAUUUUUCAGUCUUGCAUCCAUCCAACCAUAUCCUAAAUGAAAUGGAUUUUUCUUGUAAAUUACUUUACUC